AUGGACGUGCACGAUGCUUCCGGUGCCGCGUUGGGCCACCUUCAUAUGGAGUGCAACAUCCUAAAGCCGAACUUCUCGGUGCUGGACAGCGACAAAAACGUUGUCCUGAUGAUCAAAGGCCCGGUGUGCACAUCGGCCAUCUGUGCCCAGGACGUGGUCUUCGACAUCCUAACCAUAGACGGCGUCACCAAGAUUGGCGCGAUAACGAAGGUCUGGGCCGGAUUGAUGCAGGAGUACCUCACCGACGCCGACAACUUUGCGGUCACCUUCCCCAUGGAUUUGGACGUGAAGAUUAAGGCCGUGCUGCUCGGCGCGGUCUUUCUAAUCGAUUUCAUAUACUUCGAGUCCACAGGAGCCCAAAGGCACGGCGAUCUUGCUGGCAGCAUUAUAAAUUAG